UUCGAAGAUCAAAUGCUUUCAAAUUAUGUACCAGUAUAUGUAAUGCUCCCAUUAGGAGUUGUUACAGAUAAAAAUGUCUUGGAAGACGGAGUGAAAUUGGAGAAAGAACUCAGGAAGCUACACGAAGCAGGUGUCGAUGGAGUUAUGGUUGAUGUCUGGUGGGGCAUAGUAGAAUCCGAGGGACCUGCACAAUAUGAUUGGUCCGCUUAUCGGACCUUGUUUCAGUUGGUUCAGAAGUGCAAAUUGAAGUUACAAGUUAUAAUGUCGUUUCACCAAUGUGGGGGGAACGUGGGAGAUUCGGUUUUCAUCUCAAUACCUAAAUGGGUUCUUGAAGUUGGAGAAAAAAAUCCUGAUAUCUUUUACACCAACUAUAAAGGUAUCAGGAAUAAGGAAUGUUUAUCCCUUGGAGUGGACAAAGAACCUCUGUUUCAUGGACGAAGUCCGAUUGAGCUGUAUAGAGACUACAUGAGGAGCUUUAGAGAGAAUAUGGAAGAGUUUCUUAAAUCUCAGCUCAUUAUAGACAUUGAAGUAGGACUUGGUCCUGCAGGAGAACUCAGAUACCCCUCUUACACACAAAAUGUGGGGUGGGUAUUUCCUGGAAUUGGAGAAUUUCAGUGCUAUGAUAAAUAUCUUAAAGCUGAUUUCAAAGAGGCUGCAGCAGAAGCAGGUCAUCCUGAGUGGGAGCUGCCAGAUAAUGCUGGAAAACCAAACGAUAUACCCGAAUCUACAGAAUUUUUCAAAUCAAAUGGAACUUAUCAAACGGAGAAAGGCNNUUUUUUUCUGACAUGGUAUUCCAACAAGUUGUUGACCCAUGGUGAUGAUAUCUUGGAUGAAGCCAACAAAGUAUUCCUUGGUUACAGAGUGAAAUUAGCAGCAAAAGUUGCCGGAAUCCACUGGUGGUAUAAGACAGAAAGCCAUGCUGCAGAGCUUACUGCGGGAUAUUACAACUUAUGUGAUAGGGAUGGAUACAGACCCAUAGCAAGGAUGCUUUCCCGACACAAUGCUAUUUUAAAUUUUACGUGUUUAGAAAAAAGGGAGUCUAGUAGGUCGUCUGAUAAGGAGUUGUUUAGUGGUAAGCGUCUAGUAGAUCGUCUAGUGGUAAGGGUUUGGGAGGUCGUUUGGUAAGGAGUUGUCUGAUGGUAAGUGUCUAGUAGAUCAUAUGGUGAUACGAGUUGUCUAGCAAUAUCGAAGUUGUAGGAACCUCAAAUUUGGUGUUAUAGACAUCAGUUUUGGACAUUUUUUAGGUCA